AUGUCUUCAAAGCUUGCGUUUGUCACGGGUGCAACGGGCUUCAUUGGCUCGCAGGUUGUCACUUCGGCUCUGAACGACGGGUACAAUGUGCGACUAAGCGUGCGAAAAGCAGAGCAGAUUGAGGGGCUCAAGGAGAUUUUCCGUAACCACGUCUCAAGACUCGAGUUUGUCGUGGUGCCGGACAUUUCCAAGCCCCAGGCGUUUGACGAUGCUCUAGACAAUGUCCAAGUCAUCUUUCACAUUGCAUCGCCCAUGCCCGGCAAGGGAGCCGACCUGCACAAGGACUACCUCGAUCCGGCUGUGCGGGGAACGGUAUCCGUUCUGGAGUCUGCCAGAAAGAUCCCCAGCGUCAAGAAGGUGGUCAUCAUGUCAUCGAUCCUGGGCAUUGGUCCCCUCGACUUGUUUUUCAACACGGACACUUUUGUCCCUGCAAACACUGGCGACAGGCACGAGGUUGACCUUGAGAAGAUGUUCCCUGACAACAAGGGCGAGCACGGCACAAUGUACGUGGCCUCCAAGAUUCUGGCCCAUCAGACGUCGUUGGACUGGGUCAAGGAGCACAAGCCGGCCUUUACACUGGCCACGAUCCACCCGACCUUUGUGCUGGGCCCCAGCCUGAUUCGCAAGACGGCUGGCGAUAUCGACGGCAUCAAUGCCUGGUUCUGGAAGUCACUGCAGUCCCCGGCACCCCUCUUCCCAGCUGUGGUUGUAGACGUGCGCGAUGUCGCCGAUUUGUGUAUCAGGGCCGCCAAGGAGGACGUGCCCAACGGCAUCGAGCUGGUAGCCUCAGGCGCACCAACGACAUGGAAGGAUAUCGCAGCGUGGGCCAGGAGCACAUAUCCAGAGCUGGACACGAAGCUGGUGGAAGACGGCCCAGUUCCGUUCAGGGUUGACAAUGAUGUGCUCGGAAUGAAGUGGCGGCCGUUGUGGGAGACCCUUGGAGGGUUGAUAGACCAGCAGCUGGCGCUACAGAAGGGCAACUGA